AUGGUUUUCCCAGACCAGCUCCUCACCCCAGGAGGCAGAGGGGGGCAUGCAAUCAUGUUUCUCCAAUCCCUUCCUUCACACUCCUCUGUCCGCUCCCACCCGGCCAGCCCCAGCCCACCAGGGCCACAGGCCAGCCCGGUGUUGCCAGUCAGCUACCGCCUGUCACACACACGUCUGGCUUUCUUCCUGCGGGAGUCGCGGCCUCCGGUGCCUGCGGUCACCAACGGCUCCCUGCAGCGCUCCGAGCCCUUCGUGGUGUUCCAGACCAAGGAGCUGCCCGUCCUCAACGUCUCCCUGGGGCCAUUCAGCACCAGCCAGGUGGUGGCACGGGAGCUCCUGCAGCCGUCCAGCACCCUGGACAUCCCCGAGCGCCUGACGGUCAACUGGAAGGUGCGGGCCUUCAUCGUCCGUGCCCGUGUGCCCGCCUCGCAGCCCGUGGCCCAAGUGCUGUUCUACGUGGCGGGCCGGGACUGGGAUGACUUCGGUGUCACCGAGCGGCUGCCCUGUGUCCGCCUGCACGCCUUCCGGGAUGCCCGGGAAGUCAAGAGCUCCUGCCGCCUCAGCGGAGGCCUGGCCACCUGUCUUGUGCGGGCCGAGCUACCCCUGGCCUGGUUCGGGCCCCCCGCCCCAGCCGUGUCGCCCACAGCCCGCCGCAAGUCUCCCGAUGGGCUGGAGCCAGAGGCAGCGGGGGAGAGCCAGCAGGCUGAGCUCUACUACACUCUGCACGCCCCAGAUGCAUCAGGGGGCUGCGGGGGCUCCCGGCGGGGGACUGGGCCUGGGGCAGGGACCCGGGCUGAGAGCCCUACCCAGCAUCCCCUGCUGCGCAUUGGGAGCAUCAGCCUGUUCCGGCCGCCCCCCAAGAGGACCCUGCAGGAGCACAGGCUGGACAGCAACCUGAUGAUCCGCCUGCCUGACCGGCCCCUCAAGCCUGGGGAGGUGCUCAGCAUCUUCCUCUACCUGGCCCCCAACUCCUCCUCGCCCUCCAGCCCCAGCGUGGAGCAUUUCACACUCAGGGUGAAGGCCAAGAAGGGUGUGACCCUUCUAGGCACCAAGUCACGGAGUGGCCAGUGGCAUGUGACCUCAGAGCUGUUGACAGGAGCAAAGCAUUCAACAGCCACUGUGGAUGUGGCCUGGGCUCAGGGAACACCCCUGCCCCCCUGGGAGGGCCAGGGACCCUUGGAGAUCCUGCAGCUGGACUUUGAAAUGGAGAACUUCACUAGCCAGUCAGUCAAGCGGAGGAUCAUGUGGCACAUUGACUACCGUGGCCACGGUGCCCUGCCUGACCUGGAGCGGGCAGUCACUGAGCUGACGGUCAUCCAGCGGGAUGUGCAAGCCAUUCUGCCCCUGGCCAUGGACACAGAGAUCAUCAACACAGCCAUCCUAACUGGACGGACAGUGGCCAUCCCUGUCAAGGUCAUUGCCAUUGAGGUGACAGGUCUUGUCCUAGAUGUCUCCGCCCUAGUGGAAUGCGAGUCUGACAAUGAGGACAUCAUCAAGGUAUCCAGCAGCUGCGACUACGUGUUUGUGAGUGGAAAGGAGUCUCGAGGGUCCAUGAACGCCAGGGUCACCUUCCGCUAUGAUGUCCUCAAUGCCCCCCUGGAAAUGACAGUUUGGGUCCCCAAGCUGCCUCUGCACAUUGAGCUCUCGGAUGCCCAUCUCAGCCAAGUGAAGGGCUGGAGGGUACCUAUCCUCCCCGACCGGAGGUCAGCCCGGGACAGCGAGGACGAGGACGAUGAUGAGGAGGAGCGGCGGCAGACCGUGAGCCGUGGCUGCACCCUGCAAUACCAGCACGCCACCCUGCAGGUCUUCACCCAGUUUCACACAACAUCAUCUGAGGGCACUGAUCAGGUGGUCACCAUGCUGGGCCCAGACUGGCUGGUGGAGGUCACUGACCUGGUCAGUGACUUCAUGCGAGUGGGUGACCCCCGAGUGGCACACAUGGUGGACAGCAACACGGUAGCAGGCCUGGAGCCAGGCACGACCCCCUUUAAGGUGGUGUCCCCGCUAACAGAGGCCGUGCUUGGGGAGACGCUGCUGACGGUGACAGAGGAGAAAGUCAGCAUCACGCAGCUGCAGGCCCAGGUGGUGGCCAGCCUGGCCCUCUCCCUGCGGCCCAGCCCCGGGAGUAGCCAUACCAUCGUGGCCACCACGGCUGCCCAGCAGACCCUCAGCUUCCUCAAGCAGGAAGCCCUCCUGAGCCUCUGGCUCUCCUAUAGUGAUGGUACCACGGCCCCACUCUCCCUCUACAGCCCCCGGGACUAUGGGCUGCUGGUGAGCAGCCUGGACCAGCGUGUGGCCACCGUGACCCAGGACCGGGCCUUCCCAUUGGUGGUGGCCGAGGCCGAGGGGGCAGGGGAGCUGCUCCGUGCGGAGCUCACCAUCGCUGAGAGCUGCCAAAAAACCAAGCGCAAGAGUGUGCUGGCCACGACCCCCGUGGGCCUGCGGGUGCACUUUGGGCGGGAGGAGGAGGACCCCACCUACGACUAUCCCGGCCCCAGCCAGCCGGGGCCUGGCGGGGGCGAGGACGAGGCCCGGGGAGCCGGCCCGCCAGGCUCUGUGGUACCCGCUCCGGAGGCCCCGGGCCCGGGCACCGCCAGCCCCGCCGUGCCGCCCACCGAAGACUUCCUGCCGCUGCCCACCGGCUUCCUGCAGAUGCCGCGGGGCCUGACGGACCUGGAGAUCGGCAUGUACGCGCUGCUGGGCGUCUUCUGCCUCGCCAUCCUCGUCUUCCUCAUCAACUGCAUCGUCUUCGUGCUGCGCUACCGGCACAAGCGCAUCCCGCCCGAGGGCCAGACCAGCAUGGACCACUCCCACCACUGGGUGUUCCUGGGCAACGGGCAGCCGCUGCGGGUGCAAGGGGAGCUCUCGCCGCCCGCCGGCAACCCGCUGGAAACCGUGCCCGCCUGCUGCCACGGCGACCACCACAGCAGCGGCAGCUCGCAGACCAGCGUGCAGAGCCAGGUGCACGGCCGCGGCGACGGCUCCUCCGGGGGCUCGGCCCGGGAGCAGGCCGAGGACCCCGCCAGCUCGCCCACCUCCAAGCGCAAGCGGGUCAAGUUCACCACCUUCACCACGCUGCCCUCGGAGGAGCUGGCCUAUGACUCCGUGCCCGCCGGCGAAGAAGAGGACGAGGACGAAGAGGACCUGGGUUGGGGCUGCCCCGACGUGGCGGGCACCACGCGGCCCGCGCCACCCCCAGACCUGCACGAUUACAUGCGCAGAAUCAAAGAGGUUGCAUAG